GGGACUACAUCUCCCAGAGGGCAUUGCGGCGGAGGGGGUGUGUGGUGCCGCCCGCCCCGCCGGCCGCGGUGCAUUGUGGGACGGGAGCUCCAAAAUGGACAACCCCAGGGAUGCGCCAGGGAAAGCGAGCCGGUGGUUUGGGGUCGCCCAGUCUAAGUCGGCCAAGACGAACGUGAAUAUUCUUCACCAAGAGGAGCUGAUAGCACAGAAAAAGAGGGAAAUCGAGGCCAGAUUGGAGCAGCAAGCGAAGCAGAAUUACCUGAGCAUACAGCAGCUACCUCUGCUCGGAGAGGAUGACGGUACUGACAAUGAAGCCUGUGUUUCCAACAAGUUUGUUAAUGAUGGCAGUUUCCUCCAGCAGUUUCUCAAGCUGCAGAAGGAAAAGUCAAGUACUGAACCUCCCCCAAGUUCUACUAAUAACUCGGCAAACACUUCUGCAUCACAUGUUGGGAAGAAACCUAUGCUGUUUGGGAAGCGCCCCGGUCAGGUCCUGAGCAGCAUGCUGCACCAAGCGAAGAACUACUCCCAUUCCAAACAGACCCCAGUCGUUAACCGCCUCAGUGUGUUUCAGUCGCCAGAUGAAGAUGAGGAGGAAGAUUAUGAGCAGUGGUUGGAAAUUAAAGUUUUACCCCCAGAGGAUGCGGAGACCCGACAAGUGGUGGAAAAGCUGGCUAGGUUCGUGGCUGAAGGGGGACCAGAAUUAGAGAAGGUCGCUAUGGAAGACUACAAGGAUAACCCAGCUUUUUCGUUUUUGCAUGAUAAGAACAGCAGAGAAUUCCUUUACUACAGAAAGAAAGUGGCAGAGAUAAGAAAAGAGAAUCAAAGUUCUCAGGCAUCCUCUUCUCAGAAAGUUUCACCCCCAGACGACGAAGAGACAAAGAACUCUGCUGAGAAACUGGCCAGGUUCAUAGCAGACGGGGGUCCCGAGGUGGAAGCUAUUGCCUUGCAGAACAACAGAGAGAACCAUGCUUUCAGGUUUUUAUAUGAGCCAAACAGCAAAGGCUACAAGUAUUACCGGCAGAAACUGGAGGAGUUCCGUAAGGCCAAAACCAGCACUACGUGUGCCCCCUUGCCUGUAGAGUCCAGUCUGAAAAGGAAGACAAGUCCCGAGGCGUCACCGUCACCUUUGUGCUUACCAUCUCUGCCUUUGCCCUUGCCCUCACCUCUGCCUUUGCCCCUGCCUCUGCCCGUGCCCUCACCUUUGCCGCUGCCCGUGCCCUCGCCUUUGCCCCUGCCCUUGCCCAUUCCCUCGCCUUUGCCCUUGCCCGUGCCCUCGCCUUUGCCUUUGCCCUUGCCCUUGCCCAUGCCCUCACCCUUGCCCUCACCCUCACCAUCGUCCUCUACAACUCCACCUGAUCAGACAGCUACAACUACUGCUGCAGCAACAACUACAGCCACUGCUACAGGCACUACUAAAAAGAAGCGGAAGAGCCGGUGGGGGCCAGAGGAGGACAAGGUUGAAUUGCCCCUCCCACAGCUUGUCCAACAGCUGGAUUCUCCCUCCCCUCUUUCAGUUCAGGACCUCAAGGGUCUUGGUUAUGAAAAAGGGAAACCGGUUGGUUUGGUGGGUGUGACAGAACUCUCCGAAGCCCAGAAGAAGCAGCUGAAGGAGCAGCAGGAGAUGCAGCAGAUGUAUGAUAUGAUCAUGAAGCACAAGCGAGCCAUGCAGGAGAUGCAGAUGAUGUGGGAAAAGGCGAUUCAACAGCACCAACAUGGCUACGACAGCGAUGAAGAGGUGGACAGCGAGCUGGGAACGUGGGAGCACCAGCUCCGACGCAUGGAGAUGGACAAGACGCGAGAGUGGGCCGAGCAGCUGACCCAGAUGGGCAGAGGGAAACACUUCAUCGGAGACUUUCUUCCACCCGACGAGCUGGAGAAAUUCAUGGAGACGUUCAAGGCAUUGAAGGAAGGACGUGAGCCAGAUUAUUCUGAAUACAAAGAGUUCAAACUGACUGUGGAAAACAUAGGUUAUCAAAUGCUAAUGAAGAUGGGCUGGAAGGAAGGCGAGGGACUUGGCUCGGAUGGACAGGGGAUUAAAAACCCAGUCAGCAAGGGAACUACUGCUGUGGACGGAGCUGGUUUUGGCAUCGAUCGUCCCGCCGAGCUAACCAAGGAGGAUGAUGAGUACGAGGCAUUCCGUAAACGAAUGAUGCUCGCCUACCGCUUCCGACCAAACCCAUUGAACAAUCCACGACGACCUUACUACUGAGAAUGUUUUUGGGACAAUGUAUUUUCAAAACAGUUGUAAUUUUACUGUGAAAUGUUAUGAAACUGCAUUAUCAUUCUCUUAUUUGCUAAUAUUGUAAAACUUACUGGAGUCACAAUGCCAUCUUUCACCCAGAAGAAACCCGCUCGCUGCACACUCGAGUGUCAUGACAACCGUGUCGUAACAAGGCCUGGGUGGUACUCGGAGAGGAGAACAGAGCAGGUGAGAACGGAGAUCUUCGCACGGUGCCCUGCUGACAGUGGGAGGGUAGCACCAAAGAUACCGAUAGGAAUAGUUCAGGGAGUCUAUUCGUGUUUAGCUCAGUGCCAUGUUACAAGGAAUGCGUUUUUUAGUGUAACAGCAGAUCCUCUGGUGUUCAGAUACGCAGCUUGUGCUGCUCUGGGGGGAUUUCUUUGGUUUUUUGGGUUGUCUUUUUUUUUAUUGCAAAUACAAGGGACUGUCUCCGGCCCAGCUUUCAGGGCUGUUGUUCAGUCAGGCUAUUGUUCCCUGAAGAACUGGGUUCCGAUGCCGUCGUGAAGCCAGAAGUGUAGUCUGACCUUCAGCUGACAUUGCAAAACCAGUGCCUAGUUGUUUUACCUCUGCCCUGUGGAAGACGAGGCGUGGAUCGGUGUGGAGCGUGGCUGCGAGGGUUGAGGGGCACAGGGCCGGUUCGUUCGACUUCAGAGGCGGCGGCCUCUUGGCUUCGUGAACACUAAGCUCACCCCCAGAUUCCUGGCGAAACAAGAGACUUGCUAACGCUUUCUGUGGAUUGGGGUGAUGAAGAGCCAAGCCUUCAAACGCAGUUUGUCAAAGGCCAUUUGGGUUCUGUUGUUGUAAGAAAUCCCUCUAAAAACACAGGUUUUCUCCAUUCAGUCUGUAAAUAAAAUAAAAACACAUUUGUUCCUUA